AUGAAGUUAGUCGCAGUUUUAAGAAGUUUAUUCCAAGAUUAUCGGAAAACAACUUCUGCCAAGUUAAAAUUAAUCGAUGCAUAUAUGUUCUACGUCUUCAUCACGGGUGUCAUUCAAUUUGUCUAUUGUGUCCUUGUUGGAACCUUUCCAUUCAAUUCCUUCUUGUCCGGCUUUAUAUCGACUAUUGGUUGUUUUGUUUUAGCAGCAUCAUUGCGCAUUCAAAUAAAUCCAGAAAACAAACCAUUAUUCCCUCAUAUUGGACCGGAACGCGCUUUUGCUGAUUUCAUCUUCGCUCAUGUGAUCUUCCAUCUCGUAGUUACCAAUUUCCUAGGGUAA